GCUGCCGCCUCUUCCUGUUCCAAGAGCCGUCCCAGGCGGGUGCUACAGACGCAGCCCCGGGAUUUCACAAAGUUCUGCCUCGCCGCUCGCGGGUCUCCGAUGGGCUCCUCCGAAGUGAAACGCUCCAGGUUAUUCCAGCGAGCCCGGAGCUGUGACUCUGCUUUCGCCACGCUCCAUCCCGCGGUCGCCCCGUCCGCCCGCCCGGAACCCCCGCUCGUCCCGGCGGGACGCUGCCAGGCGAGGAGAGGGGAGGGAGCCCCGGGCAGGGUCCUUCUUGACUUGCAGCCUGGUUGAUUUGAAAGGACUACCAGUAUGGAAGAUAAUGAGAGCAGUUACAGUGAGGUAGAAGAGCAAAAAUCUUCUCUACCAUUUCUGGAAGAGGAAGCAAAAGAAGACAAAGCUGGUCAGCUCUAUAAUGUGGAAGAAUGGUGGAAAGAAUCCAAGGUUGAAGAAGAGUUGACUGGUGAUGGCAAGAUGGGAAACAAGGACACCUCUGAACGAGUUGGAGACAAACCUGGUUCUAGCAUGGAAAGCUUGAAACAAAAUCUGGGUGACAUUAAUAAUAUUCAGGCCAUGAAGCAUAAAGAUAGAAUCUGCUUAUUGCGCUUACAGAGGAACCUAAAAGAGCUCAAUGACAUAGCCAGAAAAAAGGAACUCGAGGUCCAAAAACACAGAGACAAACUGAGUACCUGUCAACUGCGGAUCAAGAUGCUAGCAAAGCAUCUGGAUUAUGUAGGCACUGAAAUUGAGAAAGAGGAGGAGGCUGGCAACAUUGCAGCCUUGUCCCGCCUUUGGGCAGUGCACAGGCGACUGUGCACUGAACUGGAGCAAGAGAAAGAUUUGGAGUUGAAAAUUGCUUUGACAAUAAAGGAUGACACGCUUGGAAUGUGGCGCAUAGAAACUGAGCAGGGAAAAUAUGAAACUCUCUAUGAACGACUUAAAAAAGAUGAGGAGGAGCUAGAGAUGAAAUACCAAGACCAAGCAGAAGUGCAGAUUUGGGAGGCAAAAAUAGCAGCACUGCAAGCAGAAAAAAAUCAACAGUCUAGAGCGAAAAAAGAGAAGGAAGCCCAGAAAGAAUAUGAAGAAAAGCGUAAAAAAAUACUUGAAGAUGCCAAAAGGAACCAUGAAAAAGCAUUUUGCUUCCUGAGAAAGAGCAUGGCAAGAAUUCGUGAAAAAAAUGCAAAGGAAGAAGUAAAAACUCGGGAGCAUAUGGAGAGAAGGAUACAAGCUGUGCUUUCCCUGAAAACCAGCCUAACUUCCAAUAGGGAAAAACUCCAAGCUCUCCGGGCUUGGAACAAAGCAAAGGCCUUAGAGGCAGAGAAGCAGGAGAUGAAAAUGAGGGAAGCUAUUCUAGCAGAAGAAGGCAAUGUUGCCAAGGAAAUUUUUCUUCGUAAACAACUGCUAAAACAUGAAGAAGAGAAACAAGCUUUUAGAGAACAGCAAAAAUCAAGAAAAAUUGAGAUUGUUUCUCAAAUUCUGCAAGAAAAAGCUUCUAUUCACAAGCGGAGAAAGAGCCAGUCCUGCACUAAGGCAACAAAGGGUGGCUGUAAACCUGAGGACCCUUUCCCAUGGAGAAUGAAGACAUGGCAGUACAUCGAGAAGGCCUGCAAACAUUCAGCUGGAGCAUCAGCUACUUCCUUGGCUGGUGAGAGAAGUGCUUCUGUAGGAGAGAUUUCUGCAGAAAUACCCCACAGCAUGUUCAGUGAAAGUGGUGAAGAUGAGGAAGAUAGGGACAAGAUCCUAGUACAGCCAGAGUUCCCAGGACUUUGGAGUCAGGAAUGUGACUUGCACAAGAUACCUCAAGAAGAAAUGGAUCUAAAGCAACUGGCUACAAGGGUAGUGAAAAAAGGAAUUUCUCAGAAAAAAAAGGAGGAAUUCCCAACUGGAAUUUUUCACAAGCAAAUAGCUUCUUGUCAUGAACAUAAAGGAUGUGCUUUCUAUAGCAAACCGAGCUGCAUUCAUUUCAAGGAUUUUGAUGUUGGUCAAGUCUACAAAAAGAAGAUAGUCUUGAUAAAUGCAUCCUACAGUGUUGAUUGCUGCAGACUAGUGGGAAUCAGUGAAUGGCUCAAGGACUUCAUCAGUGUUCAUUUUGACCCACCUGGAAAAAUGUCUCCGGGAAUGUCGUGUGAGGUAGUGGUAACAUUCAAGCCAAUGAUAAACGAAACUCUGGAAGGAGAAGUCCUGUUUAUGGCACAGAAAGGUUCUUUCGCUGUCCCACUGAAAUGUACAGCCAAAAGAUGCAUUCUGGCACUAGAUAAAGAGCUCAUUGACUUUGGUAGCCAUGUGGUGGGAGAGACAGUUUCACAGACCAUCAGCCUGACAAACAGUGGAGCUUUGGGAACGAGAUUCAGAGUUCGAACAUCAGCAGGUGAUAGACAUACAGAAAGACCAUCAGCAGAAUCGGAUCAUGGAAGAAUGGUUACUCAAAAUCUCAGUGACUGUGUCCCUGAAAAGGAAGUCAGCAACAGUCCUGUGAAUUCUGUGACUGAAGUGAAGGAACAAAUUGGUUCUAACCAUAGUGAAGAAAUGUCCUACUGUGCAACCCAGGUGGAGUCACAGAGGACUGAGACCAUCCUGAGCAGGAGCUCCACACAACAUCUUGGUCAAGAUAUGUUGAAUUCCAGAUCAGAUCUAGACACAGACACUGCACAUAAUUUAGUGGAAUUUUCUCCUGAAGAAACACCAGUUGAAAUUAUGCUUGGAAAGGUUACUGAAGGUGAAAUUGGGCCCUUCAGCUCAGUCAAACUUCAGAUCCUAUUUGUGCCAGCUAUCCCUGGGGAUGUGCGGACAGAGUUUGUGAUUGUGUUUGACAACUCGGACUGCAAACCACUGUGUUUCAGUGCCGUUGGAGUUUCUAUGGAUAUGCCAGUUUGGGUGCCCAAUCCCAACAUUGAUUUAAAAAUCUGUAUGUAUGACCGAGUCUAUCAGGAUUGCAUUGUCAUUCAAAGCAGAGCAAAAGCCACGCUACAUUUGAAGUUUGAAGUAUGCAAAGAAUUGAGUAAGCACAUGGAGCUGCUUCCAAAAACAGGUUACAUCCAAGCUCAGGCAUCCUUCAGUGUGCAGCUGAAGUUUCUGCCCAGGCACUCUCUUCCUCAAGAUGCAAGGAGCUAUUUUAAUGAAGAGACAAGAAUUCUGGAGGUUCCAGUGACAAUACUCAUUGUGGAUAAGGCUAAAAAAGUUAACAUUACUGUCCAUGCAAUAGUUACUACUUCUGAUUUGGAAAUCAGUCCAGCACAAAUCAAUUUUGGAUACUGCACAAUCUAUGAAGCUGUGCAGGCAAACGUUGUGCUAACAAACAAAUCCAUCUUGCCGCAAGAGUUUGGAUUUGUGGGGCUUCCAGAGUUUGUUGAAAUUCAGCCCAAUGAUGGACUUGGAAUUCUUCUUCCCCUUGAAAGCCUGACACUGGACAUAAUCUUUAAAGCUAACAAGGCAAAAGAUUACAGCUUUGAACUAACCUGCAAGUCAGAGAUUAAUAGACAAUUCAAGCUGUCAUGCAAAGCUGUUGGAGUCCACCCACCUCUUGAAUUGUCUCAUUCCUUGGUUCAGUUUGCUACAACAGCUUUAAAUAGUGUGUCUACAGCAAAACUGUAUGUGAUGAAUCCCCAUGUCAGCAUCAGCCACUUUACUCACACUGUCCCAAGGAUUGGCAAUGGGGAAGUUGCCCCUGUUGGACCCACUUCAUUUGAAUUCUGUGUGCCAGAAGACUGUCCAGUGACAAUCGCACCUUCUGUUGGAACUGUGUUGCCUGGGAAGAAAAGCUUGAUUCAAGUGUCCUUCAGACCAACACUUUCGGAUCAGCUCAUCAGAGAAGAGGCAGUUCGGAGGCUGUGCAGAGCAGCUGCAGCAGGGGCAGAAAUACAAAAAAAGAAGAAAGAUGAAAAGAGAGGGGGAAAGAAAUUAAGCGUUUUCAUUACCAGACAUCAGUCUUCCAGACAGCUGGUAAGGGAUGGAGGCAGCAAAUACCCGAGUUCUCCAUGCAGUUCUGAGCAACCGAAACCUGAAGAGUUAAUGCCUGAUUCUGAGGCCUAUAUGGCAGCCCAGGCUUUCCUGAGGAGGACUUUCAGUGGGAGGUUUGAAAAAUACAUCAUACCGUGCUUUGUUGCAAGUGGACAAAUCGAUGAAAAGAAAGGCUCUGAAAACUUAAGUUACAGUCCCUACAACACUUUGUAUUUGGAGUUGCACUGUCCAGCUGUAGCCCCAUCUGUUGUGGUCACUUCAAAUAAUGGAACGAAUACUGUCGAUUUUGGUGAUGUUGCAGUAGGCCACAGAAUGAUGAAGCAACUUACAAUACAAAAUAUCUCCCCAAAGAAGCUGGAAUUAGGAUUCUCAGUUCUGAAUCCUAGUGGUCCCUUCGUGUUGGUCAGAGCAGUUGGAAUGCUUGAGCCAGCUGAAAAUAAACCCCUCAUCAUCUCUUUUUGUCCCAACAAGAAUAAAUGGUCCUUUGAAACGCUGGAAAUCUGGGCAGCAGAGACCACCCUAACCCUGAGUGUCACUGGACGUGGAGUGACACCAUCAGUUGUUUGCUCUGUGGAAGAAGUACUUGAUAUGGGCUGUGUCAUAGCCAAAGAGAAGGUGACUUCCACAUUCAAGAUACAGAACACUUCCAUGCUGACCCUGAGAUACUCCAUCCAACUCGAUUCACUUUCACCAACAAGGGACAAAGAUCGGCAGAGGCUUCCAUCCUUUAUUACGUCCUCUUUGCAAAGAACAGAGCUUGUUGGAACACAGAACUAUAAUGGCCUAAGUGUGUUCAGCGUCUUUCCAACAGAAGGAGAGAUUGUUGCUGGGAAGAGUCAGGAUUUUGUUGUUACUUUCAGUCCUGAUCAUGAAAGUCUGUACUAUUCUGACUGUCUCAAGGUUGUACUCUUUGGCAAGGAAAUAGCCCGUGUGAUCUGCCUAAAGGGUGCAGCCAGAGAUCAUCCAGUGUUUGUGGAAGGGGGAGUUCCACUGGGUGUGCCCAUUGAAUCCCUGGCUGUAGCACCACCCCUAUCAUCACAGGGAGCACCAAAAGAAGAGCUGCAAGAACCAGUGAAGUCCAUUCUCCUUGCUCUGGAGUACAUGGAUGGAGAGAGUUCUCCAGCACCAGCAGUGACAGAGCUGCGGAUUGGAGCCAUUCAGACAGCUCGGUUUGCGUUCAAGAAGCGCACAGAGUUCUCCUUCCUUGACCUGCCGCUCCUCCAGCAGAAGGGAUUCGCUGUUGAACCUACGCAAGGAACAGUCGAGUGGGGUCAAGUCAAACGCAUCCGUGUUUCUUGGGUGCCACCUGCUGACUUCUGCGACGAUGACCCUCCACUUGUGACAGCCCUCCUGGCCUUAAAAGGUGACGUUAAAGAAUCUUACCAAAUCCUCUUCAUGACAAAAAUUGUGUCUGCGUGUGCUCCCACCAAGUGAGGGAACCAAGCCAAGUGAAAAGGAAGACAGAGGCCUAUAUUACUGGGAAAUCACUGGAUCUCAGUUGGUACAUGGGAAGAUUUUGAGACUGUUGCAAAUGUAAGGGGAGCAGAGAGGUGGGAAGGAAGGUGACAUUUCUUCUUAAACUUCUACUUAAACUCUGCUUCCACUAGUUUUGUUUUCAAGCUGACUCAGUGGCAAUAAUCUGGUUGUAGAAGAAAGAAUUAAUGAGGGCCCCAAGCAGAGGCUGCAGACAGGGUCUGCUGAAGGUGAGCAUUUCCUCAGGAGCAAUACCUCUUUUACAUCUACAUGCAUGAGUUUCAAAUGAUGUAUCUUUCCCCAAUUUCAGAUGCAUUUUAAUGGAUUUGGAAAAUCCUUGAUUUUUCCUUUUUAAGACCAGAAUAAAGCCUCAAGUCUCCUCUGCA